UCCGCUGCCGAGCAAGCCCCACUCUCCGGCAAGCUGCUCCCAAGGUCUGAUUCUGGAGCUGUGGCCGGUUGCAAUGGGAAGCGGCGUCGGAGGGAACAAAGUUUACAACACUUGGGCACUUGGCUGCUCGCGUCCUUGAUGCCCGUGGCGAGAGCCGGUGCCUAAAGAGGCAGCGGGCAGCCGGGCUGGCACGCCUUGCCGGUCUGCUCCCGGCACCGCUAUCGCAAAGUUUCAGCUAUUUUAAUGUACUAAAAUCCAGGAUUCUAAUUAUCAGCCCUCCCCACCCCCACCUCUCCUUCUAGGUAGGCGACAAAUAUUUUUAUUCUGUGGAUUGGAUAACUUUUUGCAUGGAAAUUUACUGAGUUCUGAGAGGUCUCCGUUUCGGGGAAAGGGGGGAAAGGAUUUAUUUUCAUCGCAGUUUUUUUGUUUGUUUUCUGGAUCACAGGAUUUUUGGAGCUAUAUGGAGGGAUCUCAGGAUGGUGUGCACCAGGAAAACCAAAACUUUAGUGUCCACUUGCGUGAUUUUGAGUGGAAUGACUAACAUCGUCUGCCUGCUGUACGUGGGCUGGGUCACCAACUACAUUGCCAGUGUUUAUGUGAAAGUGCAGGAGCCGAUCUCAGAAAAAAAGUUAGAGGAAGACAAAGGGGACACUUUAAGGAUUAUAGAAAGGCUGGACCAUUUGGAAAAUGUCAUCAAGCAGCACAUCCAAGAAGCUCCACCAAAAUUGGAAGAAAAUCCUGCUGAAGCGUUCACUGACUCGUCUCUCUUUGCUCACUGGGGCCAGGAUCUCAGUCCUGAAAACAGACGUAUUGCACUUAAACAAUUCCAGUACUACGGCUACAACGCUUACCUGAGCGAUCGCUUGCCGCUGGACAGGCCACUGCCUGACCUUAGGCCUCACGGGUGCAGAAACCUUACAUUUCCUGACAGUCUUCCUGAAGUCAGCAUUGUAUUCAUAUUUGUUAAUGAAGCUCUCUCAGUGAUUCUGCGCUCUAUUCAUUCAGCCAUCGACAGGACUCCUGCUCACCUGCUCAAAGAGAUCAUUUUAGUUGAUGAUAACAGUAAUAAUGAAGAACUCAAGGAGAAACUCCAGAAGUAUGUUGAUGAAGUGAAUGCCCACAAGCCUGGUUUCAUCAAGGUUGUCCGACACAGCAAGCAAGAGGGGCUGAUUCGAUCUCGAGUUAGUGGCUGGAGAGUAGCCACAGCACCCGUAGUCGCCCUCUUUGAUGCCCAUGUAGAAUUCAGUGUGGGAUGGGCUGAACCAGUGCUCACUAGGAUAAAAGAAGACAGGAAAAGAGUAAUUUCUCCUUCAUUUGAUAACAUCAAGUAUGAUAAUUUUGAAAUAGAGGAGUAUCCCCUCUCAGCACAGGGGUUUGACUGGGAGCUGUGGUGCCGAUAUCUGAACCCUCCUAAGUCAUGGUGGAAACUGGAGAACACAACUGCUCCUAUAAGAAGUCCUGCAUUGAUCGGAUGCUUCAUAGUAGAUAGAGAAUAUUUCCAAGAGAUUGGCUUACUGGAUGAAGGCAUGGAAGUGUAUGGAGGAGAGAACGUGGAGCUUGGAAUCAGGGUAUGGCAGUGUGGAGGAAGUGUUGAGGUUCUGCCUUGCUCCAGGAUUGCCCACAUUGAAAGAGCACAUAAACCAUACACAGAAGAUCUAACGGCUCAUGUCCGGAGAAAUGCACUAAGGGUCGCUGAGGUCUGGAUGGAUGAAUUUAAGAGCCAUGUCUAUAUGGCAUGGAACAUACCCCAGGAGGACUCCGGGAUUGAUAUUGGUGAUAUUUCUGAGAGGAAGGCCUUGAGGAAGAAGCUCCAGUGCAAGACCUUUAGGUGGUAUCUUGUCAGCGUGUAUCCAGAAAUGAGGAUGUAUUCGGAUACUGUCGCCUAUGGGGUGCUGCAGAAUUCCCUGAAAAGUGAUUUGUGCCUUGAUCAAGGGCCAGACACGGAGAAUAUCCCAAUCAUGUAUAUCUGCCAUGGAAUGACACCACAGAAUGUUUAUUACACAAGCAAUCAGCAGCUCCAUGUGGGUGUUCUGAGUCCCACUAUCGACGAUGAUGACAACAGAUGCCUGGUGGAUGUGAACAGCAGGCCCAGGCUUAUUGAAUGCAAUUAUGCCAAAGCCAAGAGAAUGAAGCUUUACUGGCAGUUUACUCAGGUGUUCCAGGUGAAUGAGGAGGAACCCACCUUCAGACAGAGCAAAAGCACGGAACUCAUCCGGAGUAGUAGAAGAUAAACUAAGCUUCCUUUCAGCUAAGACUUCAGUGCAUGGAGAUGAUGCAAUAAGGAAAAACAAGUACUAUGGAUCAAACCAGUCUCCUCUUGAUUCUUACAGGCCUAAGGCUCUCUGAGCAGCCACCUUCUGGUUGGUUUGUUGUUUUUGUCAUUUUGUUUUUUUUAUUUUAGGACCAUUACAGAAAGAUAAUCCGGCAAAGACUUGACAAAAGUGAAAGGAAGGAGCUGAACUCUAAACUGUUUUAUCUCAUACCAAAAUGAAUAUUGUAUGUCUAGCUUUGCCCAGAGAAUAUUGCAGCUGUUCCCAAUUCCAUGGCAGCAGUGUGCUGAUGCUCACUGCUAAGUGAAAAAAAACACCAACACCACCACUUCAUUGAGCCACGUCUCACCAAGCCACGCCUGGUGCUCUCCAGCUGUACCUCCCUGCUACAGAGCAGUUCUCAGGCUGCUGCUCCCCUCAACCCCCAUGGGACCUUCACUGAGGAGCACUUUCCUUCGGCUUCUCUAAACCAGAACAGCGUUACUGGGAACCCCUCAGUGGUGACUGUGGGUUUAAAUUUGA